AUGGCCCCACCACUACCAAAAGGGCGAUCGGUUCCGCUGAAAAAGACGGUUCUCGAGGAGGAAGAGUACGUGGACCGCCUGGGGGAGAUUAUUGAAGGGGACUACUUCCCCAACAACGCCAAGAUGUAUCGAGCCCUCGCUGGGCUUGCCGACCAUGGCCAAGACACCACACCUUCCCGCACACCGGCAGGUGGCUCCAUGGUAGGCACCCCUGUGACUGGGCUACGGAGUAUUGGCGGGUCUACUGAUGGGGAUGGCCUGGAGCUUCGAGUGAGUGGGGGCAAUUCGGAUGGACCAUCGUCCUCGAAUUGCGCGGGAAACGGCGGCGCCCUCACCAAGUUCGUUGCGACACAUACGUCGGAGGACAACGAAGCCUUCGCCGAGCUACAGGAGAAAGACCAGGAGGCUUUUCGAAGGCGAUAUUUCUGGGCUUACGAUACCACACCAGACGGGGAGGGCAACAACGCCACGUCUACCAAACUGUUAAUACUCCCCAACGGCAAGAUGAUGUCCGUCGAGCGGCGGGAGCAAAUGGACGCAGCUUGUGCAGAUCGUCCAAAAAUAGGAGAUUCACGACCAAAUCAGGUGAAGACUUGGAAGCACAGGACACGAAACCAGCUUAUGUUUUCUCCGAACUUGGCAGCGUCGAAUGACAUAUGCAGAAUCGAGCAAGCACCUACGGAGGCUGCUCAGCUUCUUGUGAAGGACGGGUCAACAUCGGCGACGGCAACAACGAAGCGAAGAGUAAUCAAGCAAUCGGAAGAGGUCGUGAAGAGGGUGGCGCGGGCUACAGCAACAUCUACCAAAGAAUCUGCAGAUGGCGACUGCCAUUCUUCAAAGUCGUCCGGGGCUACCGCAGUAACAGCAGUCGCGGCAACUGAAGGAGGUUGUUCUUCCUCGCCCUCUAGCGAUGAAGCUCUCACCGCGACUCCCGACCAACCGCACCAGGGCGAACCUGAAUAUCAGUCUUCAGGGCCACCGAACGCAGGAGGAUCGACACAGCGGACCGAAAUGGACGAACCUUUACAUUGCCCGCCUCGCGUAGACUCGAACGAAGGCGUUGAUGAUUUUGGAUCAUCGGAAUCACGGGCCGAUGAGCCGCCCGCACCACCACGACCAGCACCACCAGUUUCGCGCGGUGCGGUAGUCGUCAAAGCGAACCCCAAGGUUAUUCAGGCCCAUGCAACGAGGUUCCCGGUCCCCGCGCCACGGAAACCAAGCCGAGGUCCUUGGGCAUCCCCAAUUGAGAAGCCCUCGUCGUCGCGGGAAUCCGUUGCGGAGCUGUUGGCGGGAACGGCGGACUCGUCGGGGUACGAGGAAGUACCUAUGACACCUUCGAGAGUACCAGGCGUGGAUGGAGACUCUCCGCAGAUCACUUGGGGUUCCAUUGACGGCACUCCCAUGAUCCUCGACCCGCGUGCCACUCCUCUCCCAGAGGCCGGCAGGGGGGCCAUGGACGUGGCGAGUUUCAUGGAGACACUCGGAGGCGUCGUUGGCGGGGUUGGCCAACAGCAGUUCGAGAUUAAAGAUCUCCCUGCGCGAGACAAGCUUGCGCACCGCCUCGAGGCCGUAGACACUCGCCGGAAGCGAGCGAAGCUUGGGGCCGGCGCGGCCGCAGACGGAAGGGGGACGCACACGCCCGCGCCGGCAACACCGAUGACCCCUCAGACGCCCGGCACAGGACGACGAACCCCCGGGACGGGGAAACGAACGCCCAGGGGUGGGAGGACACCCGCGAAGGGAAAGGGAAAGGGAAAGGGAAAGGCUGCGGCGGUGACGCCUGCCGCUCGAAGCCUGGCGGCGAGGCUAGCUCAGCGGCAGAGCGUCGACACACCGUUCGGCGGUGGGCUCACUCCUGGACGGCAAAGAAGGCGAACCGACCGCUCGGGGGGGGGGGCUGGUGCCAACCGAGGGUGGUGUUGA